AUGGGCCCGCCAUCCAGCCACACCCGCAGCCCCAGCGUGCAGUCGCCUGCAAAAUGCGCCACCCGGGCCUGCGAUCAAUGUAGGCUGCGCAAGACCAGGUGCAGUCUAUCUCGGCCGUGCGGACUAUGUGUUUCAAUGGGGUUUGAGUGCACAUUUUUAAGACCGCAGAAGAAGCGCGGUCCUCCUGCCCACGUGUUAAUGCCAGAAAGCCGGGUGUCGCAAAUUCGACAGCAGCAGGAUCAGUCCAGGGGGUCUGGAAGUAGGGCUGAUUUGACCUUUUUGACCGAGACUGAACCUCAUGCUCCACCUACUGUGCCGUCUUUGAGUCCAAACCAACUGGAUUCUGGAGCGGGAGGUCAAGUCCUUUUGCCGCAAUCGGACCAGCAUCAGCAGGCGAGUCACUACAGUGAUCCGUCUAGAAAGGACUACGAUAAUUCUCUCUUGGGCAGUGCUGCCCCUGCUGCACCGGCUUGGAAUGGAGCCGCUGACCUCGAGUACUGGCUGCCGGACAGCUUCAGCUCACAUCCUUAUCCAUCCUUUGGUUUCCAGGGUAGCAAUAUCUUUGUUAAGCAGAGUCUGCCGCCUAUAAUUGACGAGAAUGUUGAUGUUGGACUCGGCAAUUCCGCGCCGUUUAUGCCAAAUGACAAUCUCAUGGGCGUGCGUCAUGCGGGGGAGGUUGGUACACUGCAGACCGAAUUCUGGCCGUCAUAUAUCAACGAGCCCAGUAUCAUUCCCUGGAUAGAUGUAUAUUUCGACCGACUGCACCCGACUCUCCCAGUUCUCAACCGAUCCUCUCUCUUCACGCGGAUCGUCCAACAAGAACACCGCCGUAAUCCCCAAUUCGGCGCAAUGAUUCUUUCUCUUUGCGCCUUUUCACUCACGCAGCCGAUAGAUAUCAGCGAACGUCCGACGUCCUCAUCUCGUGCGGACCAGGCCAAGGUGCUAGUAACUGAAGCAACGCGGAUGCGAACCUCGUCCGAUUUUGGCGAGAAUCCAUCCAUCGAAGCCGUCUUAUCCAGUUUCUUUCUAUUCGGGUAUCUAUUCGGAAGCAACCAGCAUAAUGCAGCGCGACUCCGGCUUCGCGAAGCCAUGGAUCUUGCGUCCACUUUAGGCCUGAACAAUCCCGCGACGUAUGCCGACUGCUCCACGGAGGAGAAGGGGCUGUGGCUGAGGACGUAUCUGGUUUUGUCUGUGACAGAAAGAGCCUAUGCCCUCCAGCGCCAACAUCCCAUCAGCUUCACAGGCCGCCCCCUCGACAUCAUCCGCGCAGCCGACGAAAUCCGAAACGCAACGCAGCGCCUCGUCUCCGGCAUAAUCGUGCAUACGGAAAAAGACGCCGCGGGGAUGAUAGGUCUCGCUCUGCUAAUGGAGAUCUUCGAUGCCAUUGACGAGGAUAUCCUCAUUUGCUGGAACGCGCGGUGCAAUGUCUCGACUAAGCACGGGGACGGGAAAUGCCACAUCCUGACUGAGGCUAAGGCGUUGAGUAUAUACCAAAAUUUAGCUCGGGUUAGCGAUGCGAGUCGGUAUAGAGGUGGCGGGAGGAAUAGUGAUCGGUUUGAGCCGGAGUAUUUGGACGAGAGUCGACGGAACAGUUUCAGUGGGGGCAAUAAUACUAACAACGAUGACCAGGCAAUUAGCACGAAUACGCCGCAGCGUAUGUCGUCAAGAGGAGAGGGGGAGGAUAUUAAUAACGAAGCCCGGAUCUUACGAGACUUUGUGUUCCUCUCAGAGACACAGUGUGCUGAUAUACUAGUGACGCAGAAAUGGGUCCAGGACCGAGUAUGGAAUUUGUGCUUCAGCCAUGGAUUAUUAUCCUCCCAACCACAUCCCUUACAUCCAGGACUCAGUUUCCGUUACGCACAGCAGAAUGCCGAAAAGGCACUGAGAUUAUGCCGUUUGUUACGGAUUAGUGCGCUUGAAGCGCAUGGCGUUGGGAUUACGCAGGUUGAGAAACUGUACAACAUCGCUACCAGUGCGCUUUUGACGGCACAUACUGAACAAGGUCGUGCAGAGGGUGGUUUACAGAUGUCCGAGUCAAUGAGAGUGCUCGCAGGCCAUUAUAUGAAGCUCAUGCAAACGCUGCGCGGCGGAAACCAUCCUUACGUCGCUCAGUAUAAAGCGAACCUUGCGUCUCUUGGCUGGGUUGAAGGUAUGGACGGGCAUGAUUUAUGA